CUGAACCAUGGCGAAGAUCAAGCCAAAGGCAUUGCUGGCACAGAGCAAACAGAAGAAGGGCCCUACUCAGAUCGGCCUGUUGAGGAUCAUCACCUACAUCGUCCUCGGCGCCCUAGCAGUGUCCUCCGUUUACUAUGCCUAUCAGUACUGGCAGAGCAAAGGACCGGCCGUUGCGGCAGCAGCAGCAGAAGGCGCCGUGGGAAACUAAAGCCCCAGGAAUGUAGUUGAUUUUGCUGCUGUUGUUGUAUUGUCUUGUCGUUUUUUUCUGGUGUUCGCAGUCCGGUAAAUUUGUGAAACAUUGACAGAGCAUGCGACGCUUAGUCCCCCUGUAAAUUGCCUUAACAUUUAUGCUUAUGUUUGUUUCUUUGA